UGCAGCUGUCUACCUUUAUUAUCCAGGCUCUAGCUCUACCUACCAUGACCCUUGCCCUGGGCAUCAACUGUCGAGGAAGUGCCCUGUGCAGCUUUGUGGAUGCAGGUUAUGAUGGGAUGUCCCUGAUGGCAAAUCAAUUGCAAGCUGAGGUUAAUAAAGGGCGCGGAGGUGUUUUCUAUCCCACCGGCGCACAUAUUGUCUGUACAACUGAGCAAUGUGCAUUCUACCAGUCGGGCGCAAGUGGGACGAUUGCUGAUGCCCUUGGACACAUCCAAAACCUCAUUAAACAUGGCUGCAAAGUCUGUGGCAGUGACCCUACCCAGCCGGGUAAUGAUGUUAGUAAGGGGCAAUUGACUGUGAACAGUGUCUCUUCUCCUAAUUGCAAUGGUGUUUGUUCUCCUUGACUAGAUAGACUAGAUACUACAGUAUAUACUAUAUACUAUAACUAUAACUAUAUACUAUAUAGUAUUAUAUAGUAUAUAGUUAUAGUAUAUAGUUAUAGUAUGGGGUAUAAGAU